AUGGAGGCCAGUCAGGAAACUUCCCUUUUCUUGGUGAAGAUCUUAGAGGAACUGGACAGCAAGCAAAAUACCGUUUCCUAUCAGGACCUGUGCAAAUCACUGUGUGCCCGCUUUGAUUUGUCCCAGCUUGCCAAACUGAGAAGCGUGCUCUUCUACACAGCCUGUCUUGAUCCCAGUUUUCCAGCCACAUUAUUCAAGGACAAGAUGAAAUGCACCAUGAAUAACCAGCAAUCAAAGAAAAUCAUGGUGGCAGCAGAUAUUGUGACAAUAUUCAACCUGAUUCAAAUGAAUGGGGGCGCCGCCAAGGAGAAGCUGCCCAUGGGCCAGCAGAAGGUGCGCAAGAAGGAGGUGUCCUUUGAAUCGUGCAGGUCCGACACAGAGAUCUGCACCGCGGUCCAGUGUGAGGCCCUGAACUGUGAGCUGAGCGAGAGGCCUUUCAGCCGGGGCUACCCCACCAGACAGUCGUCCAAGUGCCAGAAGAUGGACUGCAAGGACUGCCCACAGUUUGUACCUGCCUCCGAACCCAACUUCUUGUUAGGUGUCAGCAAAGAGCUGAAAAAUCGGGCUGCGUCCCUGGACAGGCUGCAGGCCCUGGCCCCGUACUCGGUGGCCAGCCCUCAGCCCUGUGAGAUGCAGCGAACCUACUUCCCCACGAACAUUGAGAAUGAGUCCAUCUCCGAUCAGGACUCCCUGCCCAUCAGCCAGGGCAUCAAGGAGACUUUCAUUUCUAAUGAGGAGCCAUUUGUGGUCCAGUCCUGUGUCCAGAAGAGGAACAUCUUCAAAGAGGAUUUUCACAAUCUGAUGACUGUGGCCCCCAGUUUGGUUGGCCCCGCUAACAAGGCAGAUGGUGAACAUGGGGAACCACAGAGUCGAAAGGAACCCCACAAGACAGCUUUCUUUAAUCACAGCUUUGAAAUGCCCUACAACAGCCACUACCUGAAUCCUGUGUAUUCCCCUGUUCCUGACAAAAGGCGGGCAAAACAUGAAAGCUUAGAUGACCUUCAAGCCUCUACGUAUUUUGGACCCACUCCAGUGAUGGGGACCCAAGAAGCCAGGCGCUAUCCAGGGAGGCCGGGCAAGCAGACCCCCUGGCCAGCCAAAAGCUGGAGCCUAAACACCGAAGAAGUCCCUGACUUUGAACGGUCCUUUUUCAAUAGAAAUCCCUCUGAGGAGAAACUACACUAUCCAAAUUCCAGCAGCCAGACCCCCAAUUUCCCAGCCCCAGACAGGCGCCCGGCUUACCUCACGCCAAAGGAUCAACAGCUGAUUCUCCCUGUUGGCUAUACAGCAAAACCAAACGGGCUCAAAUCUAAAGAGCUUUCAUCCCCCGUUGACCUGGAGAAGCACGAACCAGUCAAAAAGUUUAAAGACAAGAGCAUUAGCUGCACCAGCGGGCAGCUCAGCUCAGAUACCAGUAGUGUGGGCACCCAGACUGAGCAGCAUGUGCUGGAGCCCAAGAAAUGCAAAGACUUGUGCACCUUGGGGCAGGGCAAGUACAGUGAUAGGCAUGCCAUGAAGCAAUCAGAUGAUGACUCAGAAAUUGUCAGCGAUGACAUCAGUGACAUUUUCCGUUUUCUUGAUGACAUGAGUAUCAGUGGCUCGACGGGAGUGAUGCAGUCAUCUUGCUACAACAGCACAGGGUCUUUGUCUCAGCUGCACAAGUCAGACUGUGACAGUUCACCGGAGCAUAACCUAACCAAAAUUGCCAACGGGCUCACCAGCAGCAAAGGAGAAAAGGGCAACCGGCCUGAAAACAGCCACCACUCUGAAGAGGAGUUGAAGACCAGUGUGUGCAAACUGGUGCUCAGGAUUGGUGAAAUUGAACGGAAGCUGGAAUCACUGUCAGGUGUUCGUGAGGAAAUCUCCCGGGUCUUGGGAAAAUUAAAUAAAUUGGAUCAGAAAAUACAGCAGCCUGAGAAGGUGAGUGUGCAGAUAGAUCUGAAUUCCUUGACGAGCGAGGCUCCGUCCGAUGAGAGUGCCUCUUCCCGUAUGUUCCAUACACAGAAUGGCUCCCAUGGACCCAAACUGGAGAAUACUGCCGACUGGUGCUGUUCUGAUGCCAGUGGAAGCAACAGCGAAAGCCUUCAUGUAAAGGCCUUAAAAAAAAGCCUCUUCACCAGGCCAUCCUCUAGGUCCCUGACAGAGGAGAACAGUGCCACAGAGUCCAAAAUCGCCAGCAUCUCCAACUCGCCCAGGGACUGGCGCACCAUCACUUACACCAACCGCAUGGGCCUCAAUGAGGAAGAGAUAAAAGACAGAGGCCUUGGAGAGAGUAAGGACUGGCAUCGAAACUCGAAAGAGGCAGACAGGCAGUACGACAUCCCCUCGCAGCACCGGCUGCCCAAGCAGCCCAAAGACGGCUUCCUGGUGGAGCAGGUGUUCAGCCCUCACCCCUAUCCCACCUCCCUCAAGGCCCACAUGAAGAACAACCCCCUGUACACAGACAUGCGGCUGACCGAGCUGGCCGAGGUGAAGCGGGGCCAACCUUCUUGGACCAUCGAGGAGUAUGCACGGAACGUGGGUGACAAGGGCAAGCUGACAGCCCUGGACCUGCAGACACAAGAAUCUUUAAACCCAAACAACUUAGAAUAUUGGAUGGAAGAUAUUUAUACUCCAGGCUACGACUCAUUACUAAAACGUAAAGAAGCCGAGUUCAGACGAGCCAAGAUCUGCAAGAUAGCCGCUGUGAUUGCUGCUGCCGCGUGCACAGUUAUCCUUGUCAUCGUUGUGCCCAUUUGCACAAUGAAAUCAUGA